AUGCAGCCAAAGGCCCCCGAGAAGUCUUCUCCGAACAGCCACACUCACAGCCAGACGAACGGCUCCUCAUCCACCCACGAGUCCUCAAACAACGGGUACGACAUGAACUCCCCCUCGACGAUCCGUCAGAAAUUCCUCCCUCACCCUUCCGACCUGGGCGUGGUGCUCGUCGGCUUUUCUGGCGGGCAGUGUAAAGAAGGCGUGGACGCCGCUCCUACGGCGUUGGUCAGCGCGGGGCUGCUGGACCAGAUCCGGGAUGAGCUGGGAUACACGCUUCAUGGGGAUAGUGAGGUGCACAAUUUCAAUGAAAUCCGCCCCGCGUCCGAUGCGCCGUACAGGGGAAUGAAGAACCCGCGCUCAGUCAGCGCCGUCACGCAGACGCUUGCAGGACAAGUUUAUGAACAAGCUCGUCAUGGAAGGAUGGUCUUGACCCUAGGAGGCGACCACUCCAUAGCCAUCGGGACCAUCGCGGGCACAGCCAAGGCCAUUCGGGAACGGUACAACGGACGCAAAGAGAUCGCCGUGAUCUGGGUUGACGCCCACGCUGACAUCAAUACGCCCGAGACAUCCGAUUCAGGCAACAUCCACGGCAUGCCAGUCGCGUUUGUAACUGGUCUGGCGCACUCUGAGGACAAGGACAUUUUCGGCUGGUUACAAGAAGACCAAAUGCUGUCGACCACCAAGCUUGUCUACAUUGGACUGCGGGAUGUGGACCGAGGUGAAAAGAAAAUCCUGCGUGACCACAGGAUCAAGGCCUUUUCCAUGCACGACAUUGACCGUCACGGGAUUGGAAGAGUGGUCGAAAUGGCCCUGGCUCAUAUCGGGAACGACACUCCCAUCCACCUCUCCUUUGAUGUAGACGCCCUAGACCCGAUGUGGGCUCCUAGCACGGGAACACCGGUCAGAGGAGGCUUGACUUUGCGGGAAGGGGAUUACAUUGCCGAAUGCGUCCAUGAAACGGGCCAGUUGGUGGCUAUGGAUCUGGUCGAGGUGAAUCCUGCUUUGGACGUGGCUGGCGCAAGCGAGACGGUGAGGGCCGGCGUGAGUCUGGUGAGGUGCGCACUGGGUGACACCUUGCUGUGA